GUCAAUCCUCUUUCUUUCUCUUUCAUUUCCUCGAUCUUUCUUCCUCUCUCAUCUGCCUCUCUCUCCUCCAUUGAAGCGUACUCGAAAUUCUCAAUUGAAGGGGCUUCUGAGCUUUCUCUCAGCACUUUCCUCAAAAUUACGAAUUCAGUUUUCACUUACACACUGCGCUAUUCUAUCUCCCAAUUUUCCAUUGAAGCGCACUCCACGUUCUCCAUUGAGGCGCCCUUCUGAGAUUUCUAUCCUCCAUUGAUGCAGCUUCUGAGAAGGGCACCUCAAUGGAGAAUGUGGAAUGCGCUUUCAUCAUUCAUGGUCUUCGCAUUGAUAAGUUGGAAUUUGAUGGCAGUUGCUAUGCUUGUCAAGAGACAUGCUGAUGGAUUGCUACCUACUGAUGACUACAACAUUGAGCUUGAGGAUCAAAGAGGGCAGAAGCUUAAUAUGGGUUCUGACAGAUCAAAGGGAAAUAAUGAUGGGUCUUUGCUGCAUACAAAGGGAAGAAGCUAAUGAGAGCACAGCAAUACAAAGAGGCAUUACAGGCGCUUGAAAUGGGAGAGGUUAUAGUUAAUAAGAAAUUAUUUUAUCAGACAUUCGAUUUUUUGUGUAACUCUUUUUUGAAUAUGAUGUUCUUAACACGAGAUCCAUUUUGUUAAUCAGAAAGCCUUUUCUCUCUGUGACUCGAAACUCAUAGAGGUAUUAGUCAUUCCUUUUCUCCCCGGGUUUUUAAAUCUUGCUUUGAAGUGGUAUCUUACCGAGAUUUAUUCUGCAUAUCUGAGAGUAUCUGGUUAUCUGCUUUCUUCUUUCUGUGUGUUGCAGUUAAAUAUGUGCAUGCUUAUUUAGUGGUUUAUAUUCACAGUGUAUUGACAUUGUUCCAAUCCUUUAAAUUGACAUGGUGUGGACGUGUGGUGCUAUUUUAUGCUUCGGGACAUCAACUUGCUCACGUUGGCUGGUGAGCAUAUUACAAAAGCUAGAGUAGUUUAAUUGUAUAUUACUAUUGCUGUGUUGUUCAGUCAGCUGCAGGGUUGAUGAAACCUCCUAUGGGCUUUGUGAAAAUUAAUACGAAUGCUGGUAUUUUUAGCAGCAGGGAGGUUGGACUUGGGGUGGCAAUUAGGGACUCUUGUGGAAGCUGCUUGCUACGGCUGUGACAAAGAAGAGGGUUCUUUGUCUUAGUGUUAACGUCAUUUUGAUGCUUAUAAAUAAUCUGCAUUCGAUUUGUCUACUAGGUCAUGGAGGUGCUUAUGUCACUGCAAGGAUCCCAAAUGGAAGCUGAUGAUCCUACAACAAGUUACAUGCUACAAGUAAAGUUUGCUUCUUAAAGCACAUUUUAUUGCACUUGCUUCAUAGAAGACUCCUAAUGUAACUUUUGGGUGCUCGAUUACAUUUUUUUUUGGCUCAAAAACAGAACACACCAACAAAAACCUCUUUCUUUCUCUUAAUUUCAAAAGAAAAAAUGGAUGAAUAUAGGUGGCCUGGAAUUAUCAUGUGCCGGCAUUUGGAGGGUGGGAUUAUGAAGAAAAUGAUCUGCCUUAUACGCAGUGUAUACUAUUUUGUGAUGAGAUGUGAUUGGUACGUUUUGUUGAUAGGUAUGGUAAAUCAUUAAUCAUGCUGUUACUGUAGUCGGGUAUGGGACUGAUUAUUGGGUGUUGAAGAAUUCGUGGGGUGAAAGUUGGGGAGAAAAUGGUUAUAUGAGGAUCAUUAGAGGUCAAAACAAAUGUGGUAUUACUUCCUACGCUUCUUAUCCUAUAUGAUUUUAUCAAACCUUAGUUUGCACAAAGAAUGACCAGAUCAUGAGUUUUGGUCAGUUUGCCAAUGUUCUGAGGUCAUUUUUUCUGUUGGUGUUUUAUCAGGUUGUUUUUUUUUUUUUUUUUGUUUCACCUUAUGUGAUGACGUGAUAGCUUUGUACAAAUAGUGCUCUUUUCCUGAGAAAUAUCUUUAUUAGUGAAACUUAAUUC